AACAAAUAAAAAUAAAAAUCUUUCAUUCUUAAUCACAGAAUACCAAUGGCCUCCCGUGACAAGAAUAAGAAUCCUGUUAAGCCGUCGUCAAGCAGCCAUGCCGGCGGGAUUCGCACACUUGCCGAUCUAAACAGGCCCCCUGCACCCGAUUCCGAUACCGAUUCCGAUAAUCCUCAAGAGUACUACACUGGCGGCGAAAAAAGUGGCAUGCUUGUUCAAGAUCCAUCAGAGAAUAAUGAGGUUGAUGAGAUUUUCAAUCAAGCUAGGCAACUGGGAGCUGUGGAGCGACCUAUCGAUCAGCUUAAUCUGUCAUCAAGUUCAACGAGUUUUACUGGAACCGGUAGAUCACUCUCGGGGGAAACGGUAUCUUCUGCUCCUCAACAGCCUCGGACUGUUAUUCACAACAUCGUUUUCUGGAUCAAUGGUUUCACUGUAAAUGAUGGCCCCCUGAGGAGGUUGGAUGAUCCUGAAAAUGCACAUUUCUUAGAGAGCAUCCGGAAGUCUGAGUGUCCUAAAGAACUCGAGACUGCUGAUAAAAGGUCUUCUGUUCAUGUCAAUCUAAUACGGAGGAACGAGGAAUACCCUGAACCAGAGAAGAAGCGCCAGGUAGCAUUUCUGGGUGUCGGAAGAACUCUUGGUAGCAGCAGCAUGUCGGCAACUCCUGAUCCAACCGUCAGUUCCGGUCCUCUCAACACUGCUCCAUGCCCUUCUCCUGGCCUGGUUGUAGAUGAAAAUUUACCAUCAACCUCGAUUCAGCUUAGGUUGGCUGAUGGGACUCGCAUGAUCGCUCGCUUCAAUUUCUGCAAUACCGUUGAAGACAUCCGUUCGUUUAUCAAUGCCUCUGGACCUGGGCGUGCAACCAAUUAUCAAUUGCAGCUAAUGGGAUUCCCCCCUAAACUUCUUACUGAUCCAACCCAAACCGUCGAGCAAGCAGGCCUCGCCAAUUCCGUGGUAAUUCAGAAAUUCUAACUUCCCGUAAACUCAAACGAUUAUGAACCGUUACUAUGUACUCGAAGCAGGUUUUGGUUCAAUUUUUUAUUUUAUCAAUUUGUUAAA